AUGCACCCUCAUCUUCUCCCUGCAUCUGAGUAUCAGGCCAAACAGCAUGUUACCGAACCCACUGCUGCUUUCUACUCGAUGCCCUCCAUGAUCAUGGAUCAUAGUCUUGGCGCCACACUCCAACAGCCUACCUUCGAUACUGCCCCGUUGAGCUCGGACGGUGCUUCCAUGUUAGGAACCAUUAGCUAUCCUUUCCCCCGUGACUGUGUCAGCCACAAGCGACACGGGGGCGCCCACCCGCUAAGUCCUUCCGUCGCAAAUGGCAAGCCAGAUUCAAGUCAUUUCAGUGGUGUACGCGCCAACGCGGCACUCGCCGCGUGUACAAACUGCCGCGAGGUGAAGAAGAGCUGCGACAGUGGCGAGCCUUGCAAUCGCUGUCGUCAGUCUGGCAAAGCCGACACUUGUGUCAGAGCCACGAGGAAGGUUCGCGCACGCCGAACCCACCUUCAAGUUCCGCGCACCAUCCAGGAUGCCACCCAGCCUGUCCAUCAUGUAGUGCCGUACAUUGCUACGCAACAGGAAGUGGAUCCCGCUUUAGCGUCCCCGGAACGCACCGGCGGCCACUCCAUCUACCCCUCUCACUCCUUCGCCUCUAGGCACGACAGCCUUGACUUCACGACCAACUCACACAUGUACCUCAACCAUGCCACCGGUCUACAGUGUCAUUCUACCGGCAGAGACAUCUUGCCGGAUGAGGCUGGCGGGCAGCCUGAGAUCGGCUUGGCCAACACCGCGCUUGAACCCACCCUCGCCUCCACGUGUUGGCCGUAUGCUCAAGCCGCGGGACCCAGCAACCCUCCGGAUGAUAAUUUCUCCAUCCACACCUACGGAGUGGCCGCAACCUCCAGCGCGGCCUCCGUGGACAAGUUGCGGUUCCACCCAUAUUAGACACCGACUGGUAUACCCGUCCCAGUACUUACCGUUCCCCCGUGCUCGUUCGCAUGUUGGUUCGCUGCUCUCGCUUCUGCUGUCCGCCCUAUGUGCUAAUCGUCGACCCGUGCCGAGACAACCCUUGCUAUAUGUAUGAAACC